AAAAUAGUUGGCAUUCAAGAACGCAUUAAGCGUAAACAUUCUUUUACGUCGCUGUUUAUUUUUGGUUGAAGACGAUCAGUUUUUUAUUCAAUAUCCUGCGCUGAAUAGUACCGCAAAAAAACGCACUGGGACAGGACUUUAUAACGAAAAAAAUGAACGUUAUCUACCUCACACUUGUCUUAAUUGGAUCAUGCAGACUUGGAUUAUUAACAGUAAACCAUCAAAGUCCUACUUGUUCAGGGAUUGCUGAUAUCCGUAUUGUGGAACAGCCAGAAAAUCGAACGAUUGCUUGCGACCAUACUGACGAAUGGCCGAUUAACUACGAACCGAAGGAUGUUAAAGUGAUAAUAGAAUGGUACCACAACGGAACGUUAAUGACUGAAGAUUACAAUCAAAGAUUGAAUGAAGCAAAAAAUCAAAUGGAAUUUAGACCCAUAGUAAUGCGCAAUUGUGGCACUUAUUAUUAUCGUAUUAUGCCAAAUUUUGCGUAUUAUAACUGUUCGGAACCACAACCGAAAAUAUGGAUUAAAAGUCGAACAUUUCACGUAUUCCUUCAUUCUCCAGCUAAAAUAACAAGCUUUAUAAAAAAUCGAAUAGUAAGGAACGGAACUGUUAUAACAGCUACUUGUGAUGUUCAGGGUUCACCCCUACCUAAGAUUAAAUGGCUCAUAAAUAAUAAAUUGCUUGAGAAAGAAACCACGACUGGAAAAUUCAACUCGACAAUUGAAAUAAAACCGCGUUUUUCUUCGAAUAUCACAUGCCAGGCAGUUAAUAUAGCAGUUUAUGACACUAUGGGAAAUAAACGUAAGGAAACUGACUCGUCUACCGCAACAAUUACAGUCAUUCCGAAUAAUUAUUGUAGUCCAUACAAAGGUAGCUUCUGUUCUUUUCAACUAAUGAAUAGGAAUGUUUACCAUAAUAUAACUGAAGAUAUACGCCUUAAGGAUCGCGAAAAAUUUGCCGCUAAACUUUCGGGUUUAGCUAAUGAAAAGGAUGAAAUGUGUAGAUCAUCUGUUUCGAAAUUUGCUUGUCACUCUUUAUUUCCCGACUGUAACGUAGACAGGACAUCUAAGUCAGAACCGCUUGUUAUAUGUAAAGAGGAUUGCCUAACUAUGACACGAUUCACGUGCUUACCUGAAACGUUUGAUACAUUCCUACAGGAAGUUGAAAAAUCGUUCAAAAAGGAUCCGUUUAUUAUAUCGUUAGUGAAACAAAUGACCAACUGUGAUAGUUUGCCUUCUUCAAAAGAAGGUAAAGCAUGUACUUCUAUGAAUCUAUUUCAUUUGGAAAAGGAAAAAAUAACGACGGAUUGCUACAAAGACGAUGGACGAUACUAUAAUGGAACAGUUUCUAAAACUGCUAGCGGAAUAGAGUGUCUGCCAUGGGAUCAUCACGUGCCAAGAAAACUUCGCUACCAUUCAGAAUAUCUUCCUUUGCUUCAUGAAAACUAUUGCCGAAAUCUCGGAGGUACAAAAAAGCAGCCAUUUUGCUACCCAAUAACCGGUGACGCUCUUUUUGAAGUUUGUGAUGUUGCUGUAUGCGAAGAAAAAAAACCUAUCUCUAAAACUCAAGCUGGAUUUUUUCAAAAUUCCACAAACAUUAUUGUAUGUGCCUGUCUCUUGUUGAUAAUAAUACUAGUACCCACAAUUAUUUUUGUUGUAUGCCGUUCUAGAGGUAAUAAAGAGAGGUAUUCGCCAGCUCCUAGUAUGGAAUUAGAGCACUGGAAUAUUAAAGAAAAUGUUAACUAUCAUCAAGAAACUGAAAGAUUUCAAUUAAAUCCAGUUUUAAAACGCCUAGAGUAUGAUCGAAAUCAAAUUAUUUAUGAAAAUGAUAUUGGCGAAGGAGCUUUUGGUCAAGUGUUUUUGGCGCAAGUAAAAUUGGGAAAAGAGAAUGCAAAAACCAAAGCUGCUAUUAAGGCAUUGAAAGAGGACGUCUGUCACCAACGAUUUAGAGAUUUUGAAAGAGAAGCGGAGCUAUUAGUAAUGUUUGAUCAUUCUAACAUUGUCAAGCUAUUGGGUGUAUGUAUGGUAAAAAAACCAUAUUGUUUAAUAAUGGAAUACAUGAAAUAUGGCGAUUUAAACUCUUUUCUUCGCAAAUCCGAUCCAGCUUAUAAAUUUGAAGCUGAGGAAGAGUCUUUCUGUGAUUUAAGUGAUUAUCAACGAGUAUAUAUAUCUUCACAAAUUAUUGACGGAAUGGACUAUCUAGCCUCAAAAUGCUAUGUCCACCGUGAUCUUGCAACAAGAAACUGCUUGGUAGAUGACGAUUUUAUCACAAAGAUCGGUGAUUUUGGUUUAACAAGGGCAAUGAAAAAUGGAUCAUGCUAUCAAGGAUCAACCGACGAAGCAAUUCCUGUAAGAUGGCAACCAUUUGAAGCAAUUAUGCAUCAAAUUUAUACCCAACAAUCGGAUGUAUGGAGCUUUGGCGUUGUUCUAUACGAGAUAUUCAGCUAUGCUAAGCAACCUUAUAUGGGUUUGACACAUAGCCAAGUAAUUGAUUUGCUUAAAGAUGGAGGAAGACUAAGGGCGCCUGAGAAGAUGCCGAAUUAUAUAGAAACUAUAAUGAAUCGCUGUUUAAGAAAGAGUCCUCAAGACAGACCUGUAUUUAGUCAACUUGCUGAAGAGUUUGUUCAAGCAAUUCAAAUUACUCUUGGUAAUAUAGAAGACCAAAAUUUAAACGAUUCCUUUGUGAACGGAUCACCUUUAGAGUCUAAAUCUAGCAGUAGUUCAAAAAUUUAGAAGCUAAUUGUGUCAAUGACAGAAUCCAUUUUCUUAGAGGGAAAGCAUAAAUAUAUAAACUGAAUUUUACUGUGCCAAACACCCGACUUUUUAUCUAUUAUAAUUUGUUUGUUUACGUUUGCUAGUUUUGUCUAUAUGAUUGUGAAGUUUUUUUUUCGUUUUGGUGCUAUAAAAGCUAAUUAAUUGUCACAAAUCUGAUAUUAAAUGAGAAAUUUUAUUGAAUUUUUUUAUUGAGUUGACA